AUGUCAUCAGUGCCAGUGUUCAUACGUACCUGUGCCAGGUGGUCUGGCUGUGUUUCAGCGUCACAAGCCGAGCUCUUCAYCCAGAACGCCUACUUCRUUUUUCAAGUCCUCCAAGUAUUCCUGGUCCAGACGCUUUCCAACAGUUUCGUUUUAUCUCUUGUGACGCUCCUUCGGAAUCCCAACGACGUCUUUGGCAGGCUUUCAUCUUCGAUCCCCACCGCUUCCAACUUUUACAUUUCGUUUUUCAUUGUUCAAGGUCUCACCAUCGCCACCGGCGUAGUGACUCAGGUUUUCGAAUUCGUCAUGUUCAAACUGUCAUCCAGAUUUACCAACAUAACUCCACGAAUUAUAUACGACAAGGGGACGGCACUCAGUACUAUUUCUUUCGGGAGCCUCAUGCCUAUUUACACCAACAUGGCUGUYAUUAGUAUUAUUUACUCUGUUAUCGCCCCCUUUCUUCUAUUCUGGUCGACUAUCAGCAUGGGGUUGUUCUAUCUCGCGUACCGUUACAAUGUACUGUAUGUUGCAGAUACCACUGUCGACACCGAUGGUUUGAUCUAUCCUCGGGCUCUGAAACAGCUUUUAUUUGGCGUUUACGUAGCCGAGAUGUGCCUCGUUGGAAUGUUCAUCGUUUCCAAAGCCGCAGGACCUGCUUUUCUGAUGAUAAUAUUUCUUUCUCUUACCAUCUUUUCUCACCUCUCACUCGUCAAGGCUCUCGAUCCUCAUCUUUACAAUCUUCCUCUUUCUCGUCAACUCGAAGAAGAUCGAACUGAUCGACGCCAGCAAGGAAAGUCAAAUGACGGACAAGUACAGAAUGGCGCCAAUGCCCUUUCCAGAGGUGCGAGCAGGAGGAAUACCGCUCGGAAGCUCGUGCCUAUCGCUACUAGCCGGGACAGCAAUAAAGCUGACUUUGUCUCUGAGUGGCUCAAGUCCCGGAUCYUCGUCGAUUACCUGGCCGUGGAGCAGUUAGUGUAUCACGAGGACCUCAUAGAACCAGAGUACGAGGCGCAGGGUUAUUAUCCGCCUUCCGUCACAAGUCAGGCUCCAUUCCUAUAG